GCCGCAAACACUUCCUUGUUCCACUAAAGCCAGGUGGGCUGCGCCUAUCUGCAGAAACUGGCUUCAAAAUCACGCAAGUCGCCACUUAUGAUAGUUUUAAACUCAUUUUAACACGGAUCCAAGAGGGGGAAAAAAAAACAAAACCUCUGUCCAACAUGGAGGGUACCGACUCCAAAGUCGAUCUGUGCUCGACCCCUCUGGUUGCGCUCAAUGUAACCGUGAGGAAAAAGUUGGGACUUUAUCUGAACCCCAAACACACGGUGGCUGCCGACUGGACGGCUGUUGCGGAGACCAUGGGCUUCUCUUACCUGGAGAUAAAGAACUACGAGACUUUCGGGAACCCGACCAAGAUCGUCCUAGACGACUGGGCGGCUCGGAAUUCGGAUGCUUCGGUCGGGAAGUUGCUGUCCAUCCUGGAGGAGGUGGAGAGGAAAGACAUCGUGGAAGAUCUUCAACCUUUGAUAGAUGAGGAUGUGAGGAAAUACCUUGAGAACCAAAAGAAGAAAGCGGAGCCGCCAGUUCAGGUUCCUGAGGUGGACAGCUGUGUCCCUCGAACACCAGAGAGGUCCGGAAUCACUGUGGACGAUGUCCCAGGAGGUGCCCCAGAGACAUUUGAUGCCUUCAUCUGCUACUGCCAGAGCGACUUUGCGUUCGUCCAUGAGAUGAUCCGGGAGCUGGAGCAGACCGAGUACAAACUGAAACUCUGUGUGUUCGACAGGGAUGUGCUCCCGGGCUCGUGUGUGUGGACCAUCACCAGUGAGCUGAUCGAGAGAAGGUGUAAGAGAAUGGUGGUGGUGAUUUCUGACGAGUAUUUGGAUAGUGAUGCCUGUGAUUUUCAAACCAAGUUCGCUCUUAGCCUCUGCCCUGGGGCUCGAAGUAAACGCCUCAUUCCAGUGGUCUACAAGUCAAUGACGAAACCGUUCCCCAGUAUCCUGCGCUUCCUGACAAUAUGUGACUACACCCGGCCCUGCACCCAGGCUUGGUUCUGGGUACGGCUUGCCAAAGCGCUCUCAUUGCCCUAACCGCGGAGCAGGGAGUGGAUUUGUAUUUAUGGGGGCCUUUUCUUAUUGCAUUGAAAGUUUACUGUUGGACAAGGGCUGAAUGUUGCAGAUUCAGAUGCAGUGCUACCACAUUUAUUGACACUUCUGCUAAGGCCAUGUUAAAAAGCCUUAAAAUAAAUAAAUAGCUUUAUGCUGAAAAUGUUACAAAAAAUAAGCCUUUUUCAGCAUGUUUCAUCAGUGAGGAAAAAAGAGAGUGUUUUUGGAUGAUUCUUCGGUCUCUGAUGUUCUCUACAACUCAGCCCAAAGAUUUUCUGCUGGAUUUAAGUCCAGGGACCGAGAUGGCCUGGAAAGAAGGAGAUUUUAGUUUUUAUGCUGAUUUGGCCAUAGGUUUUGGAUUAUGAUCAAUCAGUGUGUCAUUUAUAGAGUGCUUUUCACGCAGUCAGGUGUAACACAAAGGGCUUUGCAGAAAAAAAGGAAGAAGUAUGCAAACAAUUUUUAACAACUAGAAUAAAACGUCAAAUGAUCACGAACGUUAAUACUUUGGUUUUUUGGUUUUUACCUUUGGUAAAGAAAAACCCAAUGAAAACACAUUUUCAUUUUACUAGUAGAGUCCACCAGAAUUGUAUUUAAAAUGUCUUUUUGUUCAUGAUUCAGUUCUUUCGGGGGGGUUCAAAGUGGACAUGAGUUACUUUUCCACAGGAUCAUCAUUUUCAAUGUCCAUAAGCACAUGGAGUGUUUGUUCAGUUAUAUACAUGCCAUGUGGAUUUAUUUUUGAUUUUAUGGCUGCAGAAUUAUCUAAGAAAGUGAGUGUGAGCUUUUGUUCCUUUUUUCAAAACAACUUCAACUUUCAGUAUUUGACAGGUUUCAGUAUUAAUGUUGUUUUGACUUUGCAGUAGCUGUUUAAAGGGCAAAUCAAAGAAACGAGACGUGGUUAAUUGGUCACUCUAAAUUGCCCUUAGGUGUAUGAAUGAGUGUGUGCUUGGUUGCUUGUGUGUUGCCCUGCGAUGGACUGGCGACCUGUCCAGGGUGGACCCCGCCUCUCGCCCAUAGACUACUGGAGAUAGGCACCAGGUUCCCCGCGACCCACUCUGGAAUAAGCGGUAGAAAAUGACUGACUGGUUUUACUGUUUGUAAUUGUUUUAUUGCAACUGUGUCCUGUUUUACGUGCUUGAAUGUUAUUGUUUUGUGUUUUUACAAUAUUGGUUACUUGUAUAUUAGUUUUAAAAGCAGUUUCUCUUUACAAUGAACCCAUGCAUCUUUCAGGUAUAGCUCUUUAAAUAAUGGUAAAUAAAAAUAUUUGUUUUCCCUUAUUUUUAUUGUGAGAUUGUGCUACUGCAAUAAAAUAUUUAUUUUAAGGCUUUUUACACAUAUUAACCAGGGAUACCGCUGGGACACUGAUGAUUUUAUGGUCCAUUUUAAUAUACUUCCACUUAAAAUUCCUUUAUCAUGAUUAAUUUCUGCCUAAACAAUAUUAAAAUGUUCAAUGCACAUAGUUAAUAAUAUGUUACUUAAGUGCAAAAGUUAAGACUGGGUCCAUCUGUUUUGAUGCAGCACAGGAUGUACUAAGCUUUCUGUAAAAGCUUUAAGUGUCCAUAUUUGAACUCUUACUUCCUCUGUUGAGUCAACAUUUAGACGAGAUUGGUGCUGAACAGGAAAUAAUAUUCUGGCGGUAAUUGUGGCACAAGCUCAGCAGCGUUUUGCCUCUUGUUUUUAUGUUUCGCAUUUAUACGUUUAUAAUAAUUGUUUUGCAACUGUUUAAUUUUAAGUAAGUGUAUAUUUUACCUGCAAAAAUGUUUAAAAAUUAUUAUUCAAAAAAUGAUAUGAUUAAAACCGCGUGUUUUUUUCUUCUAA